AUGACUUUAGACUUGAACCAACAAGGUACUCUGAUUGGAAUCGUUUUAGUACGAAUAUCGGCUUGGGCUCAUCGAUUCAUCGAUAAUUGUCAAGUUGCAAAAAAGGAACGUAGAUUAUCAUUAGAAUUGAGUGUUCAAGAAAUAGAACAAGCAGAAUAUAAGAUUAUUCAAACUGCACAAGCAGAAUGUUUCAGUGUUGAAUAUCAGUGCCUUAAAAAAGGAAAAAAUGUAUCUUCAAGUAGUAAACUUGCACCGUUAAAUCCGAAACUGGACUCUGAAGGUGUAAUGAGAAGUGACACUAGAUUAAAGUUUGUAGACUUCAUCUCCUAUGAUGCUAGAUUUCCAAUCAUUCUUCCGCGGAAGCAUUGGGUGACAAAAUUGAUAGUUAAGAAUUGUCAUGAAAAAACAUGUCAUGGGGGCACGAAUUUGACAUUAGCCAAAUUGUCUGGUAGAUAUUGGGUCAUAUCAGCCCGUGAAGAAAUAAGAAAUUGGGAAAAUCAAUGUGCUAAAUGUAAAAGAAGCAAGGCGCAGGGUUCAAAUCAGAUUAUGGGCGCAUUGCCAGUUGAACGCUUUGGACAAUCGAUGCGAGCAUUUACCAAUACUGCUGUGGACUAUGCCGGACCAUUCAUUACAAAACAAGGCCGUGGGAAAACGAGACUUAAGCGUUACCUUUGUGUAUUUACAUGUUUAACAGUAAGAGCUGUACAUCUUGAAAUAGCUUACAGCUUGGACACAAACUCUUUUCUCAACGCUUUAAAUAGAUUUAUCAGUCGUAGAGGUGUUCCAAGUGUUAUUAUAUCUGAUAAUGGGACAAAUUUUGUCGGUUGUGUUAACGAACUCAAAGAUCUAUACAAGAAACUUGAUCAAAGUGCUAUCAUGAAAAGUGCUGUAAAUAGAAAAAUUGAGUGGAAAUUCAUUCCACCAAAUGCACCACAUUUUGGCGGAUGUCAUGAAGCUAUGGUAAAAUCGGCAAAGAAAGCGGUAUAUGCAAUUUUGGGGAACGCGGAUAUCACAGAUGAGGAAUUAGUAACAGCAGUCGUUGGAGCUGAAAACUUGAUAAACAGCAGACCUUUAACGUAUCAGACAUCAAACCCAAAUGAUGAUACAUACUGCGUUAACGCCCAAUCAUUUUUUGACUGGCCAGCUUGGUGGACAAUUCGCUCCAGAUAUUUUGGACAAUGA